AAUGAAGAGAGCCCUGUUAUCUCACAAAACUUACAUUCCUGUCUGAAAAUGUUUCCCAACCAGGUGUUACAGAUAAACCACUAAUAUCUGUGUAAUCACAGAAGAUGAGAAGAGGAAGUGUUCCAGCUGUCUCGCAAGGUGACAUCUGUGGUCCCAGAGAGCUGCCUCCUCAUCCUGCUGGGCCUGGGCCUUGGGGGAAUUGUCUUGGCCAUCGCUAAGAAAGCAGAGUACCAGCUGGAACCCAACAUGUUCUUCUUCUUCCUCCUUCCCCCCAUUGUCCUGGAUUCAGGCUAUUUCAUGCCCAGCAGGCUCUUUUUUGACAACAUUGGUGCAAUUCUGACAUAUGCAGUGAUUGGCACCCUGUGGAAUUCUUUCACCACUGGAGUCUCCCUCUGGGGCAUGCAACAGGCAGGGCUCAUGGAUAAGGGUGUGGAAGCUGGUCUGAUGGAUUUCCUGCUGUUUGGCAGCCUCAUCUCAGCUGUGGACCCUGUGGCAGUGCUGGCUGUCUUUGAGGAGGUUCACGUCAAUGAGACCCUCUUCAUCAUCGUGUUUGGGGAAUCCCUCCUGAAUGAUGCUGUCACUGUGGUGCUGUACAAGGUGUUUAACUCCUUUGUGGAGAUGGGCCCUGCACGUGUCCAGGUCACAGAUUAUGUAAAGGGUGUAGCCUCCUUCUUUCUUGUAAGCCUGGGAGGCACGGCCAUUGGGCUGCUCUUCGCCUUCCUGCUGGCACUGAUCACUAGGUUCACCAAGCGUGUGCGCAUCAUUGAGCCACUCUUUGUCUUCCUGAUCGCCUACAUUGCAUACCUCACCGCCGAGAUGGUCUCACUCUCCUCCAUCCUCGCGGUCACCUUCUGUGGGAUCUGCUGUAAGAAGUAUGUGGAAGCCAACAUUUCCCGGAAGUCCCGCACCACUGUCAAGUACACCAUGAAGACCUUGGCCAGCAGCUCGGAGACCAUCAUCUUCAUGUUCCUGGGCAUCUCUGCUGUGGACACCUCCAAGUGGGCCUGGGACACAGCACUAGUGCUGGGCACUCUCUUGUUCAUCCUGCUCUUCAGGGCUGUGGGUGUUGUCCUUCAGACCUGGGUGCUCAACCACUUCCGACUGAUCCCAUUGGACAGGAUUGACCAGGUGGUGAUGUCAUACGGGGGCCUGCGAGGGGCUGUUGCCUUUGCCCUGGUGAUCUUGCUGGACAGAGACAAAGUCAAAGCCAAGGAUUACUUUGUGGCGACAACCAUUGUGGUUGUAUUCUUCACGGUCAUCGUGCAGGGUCUGACCAUUAAACCUCUAGUAAAGUGGCUGAAGGUGAAGCGGAGCGACCAUCACAAACCAACGCUGAACGAGGAACUGCAUGAGCAUGCCUUUGACCACAUUCUGGCAGCAGUGGAAGAUGUUGUUGGGCACCAUGGUUACCACUACUGGCGAGACAAGUGGGAACAGUUUGACAAGAAAUACCUGAGCCAGCUCCUGAUGAGGAAAUCAGCCUACAGGAUCAAAGAUGAAAUCUGGGAUGUUUACUACAAGCUAAACAUCCGUGAUGCCAUCAGCUUUGUGGACCAGGGUGGCCAUGUGCUCUCCGCAGCAAAGCUCACACUGCCUUCCAUGCCCAGUAGGACCUCCGUGUCAGAGUCAUCUGUCACCAAUCUCCUGAGGGAAAGUGGCAGUGGAGCUCGCCUGGACCUGCAGGUGAUUGACACAGUACGGUGCCGGCGGGAUAAGGAAGAUGCUGUGAUGCACCAUGUGUUACGUGGGAGCCUCUACAAGCCACGCAGGAGGUACAAGGCCAGCUACAGCCGCCACUUCAUUUCUCCAGAUAAACAAGAGCGGCAGGACAAGGAGAUAUUCCAGCAAAACAUGAAGAGACGUCUGGAGACCUUCAAGUCCACAAAGCACAACAUCUGCUCCUCAAAGAGCAAGGCCCGGCUGAAAAAAGAUGUCAGGAAAAAGAAAAAGAAUGAUGCUCUGAACACUGAGCUGCCCAAUGGGAAGCCACACAGAAGUGUCACCUGGCAGGAGACAGCUCCUGUCACAAUGAUGGUCAACUCAGAGGAGGAGGAGAGCGACAGCUCGGAGACAGAGAAGGAAGAUGAUGAGGGGAUCGUAUUUGUUGCUCGAGCGACGGAUGAAAUCCUUCAGGGAAAGAAGACUUCUAGUACAGGCUGCCCUUCCCAUUGGGGUAGCCUGGACAUCUGCCCAAGCCCAUGCAUCAUCCCCCCCUCGCCCACCUUGGCAGAGAAAGAGCUGCCAUGGAAGGGUGACCAGGACAGCCUUGCUGUUUACAUCUCCUCAGAAACCACCAAAAUUGUACCAGUGGACAUGAAAAAAGCCUGGAACCAAAGCAUCUCCUCACUGGAGAGCAUUGCCUCCCCAACGGGGGUCGAGACAGGCCCUCAUGGCAAGAAACUGGCCAGCCCAGUGCUAGAGGAGGAGCCCCAGUCAGCCAGCCCGACGAUGCCAGAGCAGCGCACCUGCUUUCAGUUUCCCAACCAUGUUGCUAAGAGUGGCAGGUCCCAGAGCGACAGCAGCCCAGAGAGUAUUGAGCAACAGGAGCUGCAACCUUUGAUGGUUCCAGAAGAUCAUACCAGGAUGAGUCCAUCUGCAGGGCCAAGCAACAGCAGGUGGUUAAUUCAGUUCAACAGGCCAACCAGACUGUAAGACAGACAGUGCAUGUAGCCCAUCCAUAUGGAGUGGGAAACUAAUCUGGAACUUGCCAUCUGGUCUACUAGCUUGCAUCGUGGAGCUUGUGUCUGUUUCUGUAAAGUACAGGACUAGCAGGAGAGCAGCUGGAGAGCCUGCCCUGUUGCUUCCCCAGGGAUGGAAUCCCAUUUACACUGCACCAGGGAGGAGCGCUGGCCAGAGCAGCUGCUAAUUUGGGAUCAUGCAUAGGUAAACUGACCUCAGGCCGUAACAGUUUCUGUGCCAGCAGAUGGGAAGAAUGGAUCAUAAACUUAGUUCAUUUCUUAUGCAAACUCAAAACUUUGAAACCACCUGGAGCCUUUCCUCCCAGUCUGGCUGCUUGGAAUCUGUAUCCUGGGCUGCUCUACUACCUGGGAUUGGCAACCUCAGCUGACAGGGUUAGUUGUAACCCUUUAAUACACAGAAGCACCAGCCCAGGGGAGGGGCAGGUGCAGGUACAGAGCAGUUAAAAUAUCUCCCUGUGUCUCUAGGCUCAAGUAACCUGCUCUGGGGUCCUGCCAAAAAUGCCUGCCCCCAGUCAGCUCAGCUGUAAAUGGUGCCUGGUCAUUCAGGCUCUGAAGCUGAAAGCAGCUGGAUAUGAUGUUGGCUACAUAAUUCCCUUGUGUGCCACUAGCUACAGAAAUAGUCCUACCAACGGUCAUAAACUUCUCCAUUACAGUUUUAGGCUGGACAUAAGGAAAAACUUCUUUACUGCCGGAGCCCCCAAGGCCUGGAAUAGACUCCCUCCAGAAGU